AUGCACGGGUUCGUGGACCCGUCCGUGGGGCUGAUCGACGCCGGCGUCCUCCCGCACGAGCUGCCAUCCGCGUCCGUCGCGGGGCUCAGCUCGGCGGAGGUGUCGCAGCACAUCAGCAGCUCGUCCGAGGUGUUCCGGACCCACUCCCUGAGGGAGCUCCAGAGGGUCAGAACCCGCGACAUCAUCACCGUCGAGUCGUCGUGCGGCGGGCCCGCCAGCCUGUACCACGUCGUGAACGACCAGAUCCCGCCAGAGCUCCAGGACCUCCUGAGGCGGCCCCUCACGGCGCACGAGCGCGAGCAGCUGUCGCGCCGGGUGGAUGCCAUCAGCGCCGAGGUGGUGCCGAUCCCGCACCGGCCCAAGGCCCUGUGGAUCUUCGGGCCGCCCGCGGUGGGCAAGUCGAGCAUGGCCGACGAGCUCUCGAUCGACCUGUUCGGGAGGCCCAACAACGCGGUCCUGGUCGACGGCGACGAGGUGCGUCUGGUGCACGAGGGCUUCCAGAAGGUCGCCGAGCACGGCUUCCGGAGCAACGUGGUGCACGCGGACGCGUGGGAGAUCUUCAAGGAGACAAAGAUCGUGCAGGAGGCGAAGAAGGACGUGUUCAGGGCCGCCAUUCAGAAGCGUCAGAACUUGAAGCUGCCGGACGCGUCCACGAAUACAAAGCGCGUAUCGGCAAUGAUCUCCGAGUUGGAGAGGGCCGACUACGAAUUGUACGCGAUUUGCAUGUGGGCCCCUGAAGCAGAGACUCAGAUCCGAGGGCGUUUCCGUUCGGUGAAGGCGGGCAAGUUGUUCUCGACGAGGAACUAUUUACAAGCCUGUAUGGGUGCGCUUGAGAUGGGUUGUCUUUGGGAACGCAAGAUAGCAGAGGGCUGCAGAUGCUUCAAGGCUGUGGCGUUCUAUGACAAUACCAUUCGACCCAGCCACCCUGUCCACCUGGCCCAGUUUGAGCAGCUGGUCAAGAUGGCCGACUCGGAGGCGCGGGAGCACGCGGAGCGGUGCCGGGCCACCCGCGACGCGCACCAGCGCGCCGACGUGGCCGCCAGCGAGGCGCGGGCGCGUGGCAGUGCGCCGAGGGCGGUGGCGAAGCUGUGGCUGCAGGAAGCUUCCCGCCCGGCAAAUGUCGGCACCGAGUCCACAUCCUCGCAGGCGCUUACCCGCUCUUGGAGCAUGUCCGAAUCGCUCCGGGGCUGGACGUCGGCGGACGCCCGGGCGCCGUCCAGCAGCGCGGCGGCGCCGACGACGGGCCCGUCGUGCGCGGAGGACCUCAGCAGCCUCUUCCUGGCGGAGCGGCGGCUGGGGCAGGCGCAGGGCGUGCUGCUGGGGAUCGCCCUGCGCGCUCGGCGCUGCGGGGUGGGUCGGGCUGGGCGGAGCAAGAUCAGCACCAGUCCGUGCACUGGCCUGGACUGGAGCGGUGCUUCCGAGGUUCUGCGUGGUGCAGGCCUCAGUAAGGUUGACAUGCGGGUGGCGAUAGCGGCAGGUCCAAACUUCGGCGCGCAGAGGGCGAAGGGGGCAGGCCAGGUGCGCUGCAGGCCUCGGAAGAGGUCAGCGAGCACUCGCGCCGCAUGCAGGCUGAGGCUGCAGAGGUGCAGCGCCACGGCGCUCACCCACUCCGGCGCCAGCAGGGCCACGAAUGAGGACAGCGGCGGCGGCCACGGCAAGUCCAUGGACGAGAUCGUGAAGGAGCAGACGGGCGAGCUGCUCGGCAAGAUGCCCCCCGACUUCGUCGAGGAGAUCUUCCGCGCGCAGAUCAGGAAGCUGAAGGGCCCCGGCGGGCCAGUCUGCCAGGACAAGGGCUUCGACGCGCCGCUCAACAUCUUCCUCUUCCAGGAGCUGCAGCGGCUGCAGAACAUCAUCAAGAUCGUCCGUACGAACCUCAAGAGCAUCGCCAUGGCCAUCGACGGCACCGUUGUCAUGACGACCGACCUGCUGGAGGACCUGAGCUCCAUCUUCGACGCCCGCGUCCCGCGCCGCUGGAGAGCCGCCCGCUCGCGCCUCGCGCGCAUGGCCAUGGGGCGCCGCGGCAGGGGCACAGGGCAGCGCCGCGCCAGGGAGGUCACGCCCAGCGCGGCAGGCAGGCGCGCGUCGCUCUCCGCUACCAUGUGCGAGCGGACCUUGCGCACGGUCAUGCCUGCCGACUUCGUCUGCUUCCACGAGUGGUACCGGAGGUGCCGUCUGGCAUCCUUCACCUCGAGUGCUUUCGCCGUCAGCUUCGCGCGUGCACCCGUGUCUUUGGAGUCGCUGCGCACGUCCAGCGGGGCCGAGGAGUGGCUCGUCGGCCUGUAG